UCGACCCCACCUCGGCUUCUCGCUGCACGCGUCGGCGUCGGCGGCCGCGCGUUUCCUGAGCGCAUUGGACCUCCUCCUCCGCAUGGCGCCGCCGUCCUCCUCCUCCGACCCGACCCAGCGCCUCGCGCCUGCGCGGGAGCGGCCGGCUCCCGACGCCGCGCCAGACUUUGAGUCGUACGAGUACGUCGGCGCCGCGUCCCAGCUGCGGCACGAGGCGCAGAGCAGCCACACUACCGACCAGGAGCGAGUGAUGCUGCUGCUCAACACGACGCUCGCGCCCCUCGUGCUCGGCGUCCUGAUCGGGGCCACCGCCUAUGUGUCCAACGCCUGCGCCGAGCUGCUGCUGCGAGCCAAGUGGGGCAUCACCUUCUGGCUGCUCAGCUUCCCGUUUGGCGCCAUCCUGGCGUACCCGCUCUUCACCGCGCUCUGCGUCGCGCUCGCGGCGGGCGCGGCGGCCGUCUCGCUCUGGGCGCCGGCCGCGUGUGGCUCCGGCAUCCCGAUGGUCAAGGUGGAGCUCAACGGGGUGCGCGUGCCCGGCGCGCUCUCCGCCCGCACUCUCCUCGUCAAGCUCGCCGGCAUCACCCUCGUCGUCGCCUCCGGCCUGCCCUGCGGCCGCGAGGGGCCGAUGGUCCAGCUCGGCGCCGGCAUCGGGCGGCUCGUGCUGCGGUGGCAGAGCAGGCUGCUCUCUCUCUCCUGCUGCACCUCGGCCGCGGCGCAGGUUCGCAUCCUCGACGGCGACCGCCACCUUCGCGACCUCGUCUCGAUGGGCGCCGCCGCGGGCGUCGCCGCCGCCUUCAACGCGCCGAUCGGCGGCGUCCUCUUCUCGCUCGAGGAGGUGAGCACGCACUGGAGCCAGUCGCUCACGUGGCGCGCCUUCUUCGCCGCCAUCGUCGCGGCGCUCUCCGUCGCGUGGCUCUUCUCGGGCCUCUGGACCGGCAUCAUCGCCUCCGAGGGCCCGCCGGUCCUCAUCCCGAACUUUUCGGGCGGGCUGCAGUACAACGUGCGCGAGGUGCCCGUCUUUGUCCUGAUGGGCGUGGCCGGCGGGCUGCUCGGCGCCCUCUUCAACGCCAUCAACGGCGCCAUCAACCGCGCCCGCGCCCGCCUCUACUCUGGCGCGCCGCUGCAGCGGCUGCUCGCCCGCUGGCCCUCCCUCGCCCGCUCGGCCGCGGCGCAGCGGCUCCUCUCCUUCCUCGCGGCCGGCCGGCGGCUGCGCCCGCCGCCCUCGCCGCCGCCGGCCGCGCCUCCGCCCUCGCCGCCGCCGCCGCUGCCGUCGCCGCCGCCCAUCUUCCCGGGCGGGCGGUCGCUGUCUUGCGUGGUCCUCGGGCUCGACUUGGCGCCGCGCUGCAACAGCGCGUGCGCGCAGGCCACCUGCGGCGAGCUGAGCGCGCUGCUCGCGUGCGGGGCUCUGGCGCGGCUCGGGUGCGACUGCGGCGGCUGCUGCGCCGAGAAGGGCGGGUGGGCGCCGCCCGCGCCGCUCAACAUCAGCGCCAUCGACGGCGUGAUCCGCGCGGAGCUGGCCUGGCGCGUCGCCCGGGUGGCGGUCGAGUCGCGGGGAGACUUCGCCGCCGGAGCGACGGUCUGCGUCGAGGAGACGGCGGAGGCGGAGGCGGAGGCGGAGGCGGGCAACGCCACCGGCGACGCGACCGGCGAGAAGGGCGGGCUUGGGUCGCGCGCGCGCGAGGCGCUCGCGGACCCGUGGAGGCUCGGCGACGCGAUCGAGGCUGCGGUCCGCUCGCAGCUCGGCAGGUCGGUCAACGUGACUUCGGCCGCCGUCCGCCACGUCGUGGUGGCGGCGCCCCUCCCGCCGCCGCCCUCGCCGCCGCCCUCGCCGCCGCCGCCGCCGCCGCCGCCAUCGCCUCUGACGCCGCCGCCGCCUCUGUCACCGCCGCCGCCCUCUCCCCCGCCGUCGCUCCCGCUGCCGCCGUCGCUGCCGCCGCCGCCGAGCGGGCCGCCGUCUUGGCUUGGCUCACUCGGGCGGCGGCUCGCCAGCCCGCUCGAGAUAUCGAGGGAGGCGAGGGACGAGGCGGCGGCGUCGGUCCUGGUCGACGUGCGCUGCGCCGGCUCGAACGAGUACAACGAGAUGGCGUCGCUCACCCUCUCGUCGCAGCACCACGUCGUCCGAGCGCUCUUCGCGAAGGGCGCGCACGGCGUCCUCUUCACGCCCGCCGCCCUGUUCGUCUCGCUCCUCCUCGCCUUCGCGCUCGCCGUCGUGACCUACGGCGCCGCCAUCCCGUCCGGCCUCUUCGUGCCGUGCAUGACCAUCGGCGCCCUCGGCGGGCGCCUCCUCGGCGAGCUCGUCAACGAGGCCGACCCCUCGGCCGCCGACGCCGGCUUCUACGCGCUCGUCGGCGCGGCCGCCAUGCUCGCCGGCGUGACGCGCAUGACCAUCUCCCUCACCGUCAUCGUGUGCGAGGUGUCCAACGACGCGGCCUCGCUGCUGCCCCUCACCGCCGCCAUCCUCGCGGCCAAGCUCACCGCGGACCUCUUCAACGACUCGCUCUACGACGCGGCCAUCGACCUCGCCCGCUGGCCCUACCUGCCGCCAAAGCCGCCUCGGGGCGCCCUCUGCGCGUGCGCCGAGGACGUCAUGGCGCCCGAGCCGGUCUGCCUGAGCGAGGUGGAGCACGCGGGGGCGAUCUCGCGCGUGCUGCGGACCACAAAGCACUCCGCCUACGCCGUGGUGACGCACGGCGGCAACGGGCGGCGCUACCUCUCCGGCUGCGUCCUCCGCUACCAGCUCGAGGCCCUCCUCGCCCGCCGCGCCUUCGUGCUGCGCCGCAACCCGUCGCCCGGCUCGAAGCCGCCGCCGCCGUCGGCGAGCGCCGCCACGUCGCGCUCCUCCUCGCCGGUGAGCUCUCGCGGCCCGAGGAGCAUCCGGUACGCCCAGGAGCACCCGUGGAGCGCCCGAGGAGCACCCGAGGAGCACCCGUGGACGGCGGGCGGGGCGGCUCCCCCGCCGGCGGGGGAGCCGCUCCCGCAAGCGGUUCGAGCGGCGCAGGCUCUGCGGGAGCAGACGGCGGCGCUGGCGAGCGCGGCCCCCUCGCGCGCGCUGCAGCCCUCGCCGCGCGAGGGCGAGCCGGCUGGCGCGGGGCUACCGGCGGCGGAGGGGGACCCCUUCCUGGCCCCGGGCCUCGCGGGCACCAGCCGGACGGCGUCGCCGCUGGUGCCGUCGCCGACCCAGCCGUCGUCAGUUGCGCCGUCGCCGCCGCCUUCUUCGCUGCCGCCGUCGCCGCCCUCCUCGCCGUCGCUGCACCGCUGCGCGCGGCAGCAGGAGUACGCCGCGUCCGAGGUUGGGGAGGCGAGCGUGGAGCUCGGGAGCGCCGAGGCGAUGCGCCUGGACAGGAGGGACGAGCGACACGGCGCUGGCGGCGUUGUGCCGGCCACGACUCCCCUCACCCUGGUCGACCUGAUCCGCGCGAGGGGCGCGCGCCGCGAGGCGCCGCCGCUGCCGCCGCAGGACGAGGAGCAGCUGAUCGACUUGCGACCGGUGAUGGAGCUCUCUCCCGUGGCCGUGCUGCACACCACCCCGCUGCCGCGGUUGCACCACCUCUUCCGCUCGCUUGGCCUCGCGCGGCUGUGGAUCAUCGACACGCGCAACCAGCCGGUCGGCGUUGUGACCCGCCACGACCUGCUGCCAGAGGCCCUGCGCCGGAGAGUGCCCAAGCACCGCGAGGCGCCUGCGUGCGCGAGAGGAGAGCGCCGCACAGCCGCUCACGCGCCGCUGAGCUCGUGGCUGUGCGACUAG